GAGAGACGCCUCUCGUCGUCGCCCGUGUUGAGUGUCUGGUGCAAACACGGUCCAUCUAGACCGUGGGUGCAUAAUAGUACUACCUAGAUCGUGGCUGUAGUUAGCAGCUCUACCUCGUCACUGAAAGGUCAAUACAUGUUUGCGGAUUUCGUUCCACAUUGGCAACGUUAAGUGAUUUCACAGAUUUACAACUUUGUUUUCGUAAUUAUGUUUUGUUACAGUUAAUAAGUUGCUGCAGUAGCACUUGAGAUCGAGUGACAUUUGAGAGAACUGUCUUUGAAAAUAAGACGAACGACGAUAUAGCUUGAGGCAGCGACCUCCCUCCGUCAUGAAGAUCUCCGAAGCGACAAGUUGCUGCUUCCUGACGCUAACUUAUUUGAUGCCGCUCUUCGUUUUGAGUUCUUCUCUUCUCGGUUCCCGAAAAUCGGAAAUUCCUGGAGGCCUAUGCUGAAGCAGUCGGAGAUACGCAUGUUAAUAUCUUCCUUUCCAAUGCAGGAGAUAGUGCAACUUUAACAGAAGGCGUUCUCAAAGGUUUAUGGGUGAACCAGAGACUUGGCGUUUCCAUCAGGAAGGUGGAUGACGCUGAACAAAUUGAUCAAGUGAUAAAGCAAAAUCAAGUUGUGGGAUUCAACGUUUGGUGUCUUGACCAGCCACAAGACCUCCUUCCCUUCAUUGAGUUUCCCAGGCAGUCCUUGAUCAGGGAUCAUCCAUGGCUGAUGAUUGGAAACAUCGUUGAUAUUAUAUCAAGUUUAGGUAAACCGUACCUCUCGCUGGAUAACCAAAUAACUUUUGCCAGUAUAGACAACACUUCAAGUGAAGUCACUUUAUUAGAAGUCUAUAGCCUGAAUCGGGAUAUGACACCUGUGAUGCAGCCUUAUGGGAAGUGGGCAGAGAAUAGUCCUGUGAUGAUAUCAGAGGACUCCUGGGUCACCAGGAGAUCUAACUUAACUGGUCUGCAUUUGCGGUGCACGACAAUGGAGCAACUCCCGUUCGUACAGCUGAGUAACCCCGACGAGCAGUUGAAUGUUGAAAUUAUCGGUGGUUAUGCUGGGGGUGUGUGGCACACACUGCAAGAGAUCCUUGGUUUCACGUACAAAUGCUACAAACCACCUGAUGGCAAAUUUGGUGUCAAGUCUAAAGGAGUUUGGAAUGGCCUUGUCAAGGAAGUGCUGGAUGACAGAGCUGAUGUUGUGGUUACUUCGCUUGAUCAUAACAAUGUCCGGAGGGAGGCUGUCGAUUUUUUGUUAAGCUUAAGAGAAGUUGGAUAUCAGUUAAUAGCCCGGCAACCGGGAUUAAUGGAACAAACUUGGACCAGCUUUACAAGCGAGUUAAUGCCAGCAUCUUGGAUUGCUACCAUUAUCUUUACCUUAUUGAUUCCUCUCUGUCUGUACAUUUGUGCUCGCGUGUCUCCGUUAGAGACCGAAAAGGUUACACUCAAAGAUGCUUAUAUUCUUGCUGUAGGAGCUCUUGCUUAUCAAGGAUCCUGGCUCGAGGUCAAAAGUACAUCGACACGUAUUGUAUUCAUCUCCAUUUUCAUGGCAACUUUACUCAUUUAUUCGUACUACACCAGUGCCCUUGUGUCUCUUCUUACUGUGGCAUCCACCAGUACUGGCAUCUCUAGUUUACAAGAACUCCUCAUUCACAAAAAAUAUGGAUUUGGCUUCAGGAGAGAUAUUUCCAUUCAAGAAGAAUUUCUGGGAGCCCAAUCUGGGCUUUACCAUGAUGUGUGGCAUGAACUGACUACUGGUGUUAUUGAAGAUUUGCCUAAAACCAAUGAAGAAGGUGUUGACAAGGUGAGAAGUGAAAGCUAUGUGUUCAUGAUGGAGGAGAAUAUAUAUAGAGCAAGUUUCUACAAUUUCUGUGAUGUGACAGUAAUCAAGGAAAAGUAUUUUGUGCAAGGAAGUGGGUUUGCUUUUGCCAAAGGAUCACCAUUACUGGAAAUCUUCAAUGCACAAUUACAGAAGAUGCUUACAGGAGGCAUAUUGAAUCGGCAGUGGGAACGAUGGCAACCCCCUUCGGCUCUUUGUACUUCAGAUGGAGUAGUCUCUCUUGGCCUUGUUCAGUUAUUUACUGCUUUCUUGGUUCUUCUAUUGGGCAUUGUACUGGCUUUGGUGUUCUUGCCCUGUGAGAGGUUGCACUGGAAUAUCAUUGGCAAGUCUAAAUACUCAAGAACGGCUUAGAUCGCACCUGAUACUGUGAAGUUGAACAGAAAUUGUGUGCUGCCUGCAGGUUGUAGCUGCAAUAAUUUUGUUAUAAUAAGGUAAAUUUUUGUCAUGUUUACACAUCCCCAUCAGAAUGAGGUGCUUAACAUUUUGUAUAUGCUGUAGGGUAUAUGCUGUAGGGUAAUGAGCAGUUAUAAUACAUAUAUAGUUGGCUCUAUUUUUGGAAAGGAUUGAUUUGGACUGGAGAAAAUCUUCAGUAAAGCAAAGUUAUCCUGUUGUUAGUAAUUAUUUCGUACAUUGCUAUUAUUCAGCAAUUGUACAUCAACAAGAACACAUCAGAAUAGUAUGAACUGUGUUUAGUGAAUGUGCAGUUCAUGUAAAAUGUUCAGUAUAUGAAUAGUACUAGAAUUAUAUUAUCUCUCUCUCUCUCAUCAUCAUAACCAUUGCAUGUCACACCAUGGAUGGCUCUUGGACUACUUACCACCACUAAGCAGGUGGUUCCUGCUGCAACAGGAACUGUGCCAUCAUCACCCUAAAUUUUUCCUGACAUGAGCCCACUGGAAAGGCUUUCAUUACUACAUCUGCUACUUGGGCAUGAGGUUGGAUUUCCACCAAUUGAUGACAAUCCCUAGAUUGUGAUAAAUCUGUUAGCAAAAGACUAACAGACAGUGCAAGUCCUGCAAAAAGCAUUCCCAGAGGCGGCCAGGAUCAGCCAGUUUUCCAGAUGCUAUGAUGAACACUAAGUGAAUACCUCAGGGGAUGUUAAUAUAGUCAGAAGUACUGAGCCUUGAACUGGAACACCAUCUUGUGGAGAUAAAGCAAAUGUAUUUUUGAGUCCUGAUUAAUUUGGGAGUUGACAGUAUAUCCUGAAGGUCUGUCAAAAUUAUUAAGUCACCCUCUCCAAUGGAAUCUAACAAUGAACAAGCAGUAUCUGUCUUGAGUGUAGUCUGUUGAAUGUAUUCAUUCAGUGCUGAGGUGUCUAUGAUCCAUCUCCAGCAUCCUGAAGCCUUCUCUGCUGGGAAAACUUGGCAGUAAAAACCCUGAGACUUCAACAGCACCUUGCUCCUUCAUUGUUUCCACCCCUGCCAAGGUUCGAGAUUUCCACGAAUCCAGUGUGU